AUGAAGGGCACAAUGCGCGCGGCACAAUACAACACAACAACCAACAAGGUAGAAGUCAAUGAGGUUCCUAUUCCGGAGCCUGGGGAGAACGAAGUUCUGAUUAAGAAUGUCUGCGCAUCGCUUUGCCAUUCGGAUUUGAUGUUAUUCUGGGGCCAUACAGCGGAAAAGCCACCAACAGAGAAGGUUACCAUUGGGCAUGAGAAUACCGGGAUUGUUGCGGCAAUUGGAAGCAAAGUGACUGGUUUCCAAGCCGGGGACAAAGUCGGCUGUUUGGGGUGCAGUUAUGCCUGCUAUGACUGUGAAGGAUGCCUUACACAUAACCUCUUCUGCAAAGAGGGAACCGGACGUCUCCACGGGUUCACGACCGAUGGCCAUUUUGCAGAGUAUUCCCUGGCAGAUUAUCGCAACACCAUGGUGCUGCCGGAGGGUAUUGAUAUGGUUGCGACAGCACCACUCUUUUGCGCCGGAGUUACAGCAUACCAUGCGGUCAAACAAUGCGAUCUCAAGGCCGGCCAAUGGCUGGCGGUCAUCGGCUGCGGAGGAUUGGGCCAUUUGGCAAUCCAGUAUGCCAAAUCCAUGGGUCUCAAAGUGAUCGGUAUCGACAUAUCAGAUGCGCAGCUAGAGUCUGCCAGAGAGCUAGGGGCUGAUAUCACAUACAAUUCUCUCAGCGAUGCAAAAUUCUCCCGGAAGUUGAUUGCACUCACGGAUGGUGGAGCACAUGCAGCAGCAGUUUUUAGUGGCUCAAACGCAGCGUAUACAACUGCUCCAACGGUAUUAAGGAUCAACGGACUCAUGAUAGUCGUUGGUAUUCCAAAGGCCAACCUCUCGAUAAAUGCACUCGAUAUUCUGUUGGGUAAAUAUCGCAUCAAGGGAGUGAGCAGCGGCACUCCUCAACGAAUGAGGGAGCCGAUCGAAUUCAGCCAUACUCACGGAAUCAAGCCCCAACUGACUACGUUCAACGACUUGGAUGAUAUCCAUUCCACCAUCGAGAUGAUGCAAACUGGGAAAACUGCCGGCCGUCUUGGAAUAGUGUUCAAGUAG